CUGUUGCGUAUUAUAUUCCGAAACAAAGCAAAUGAGCAAGGUGACACCUCAGAAUGGUGUCUCGACCUAUCAAUCAACCAAAGUGUCCUUAAUGACAAGCUGGAACAAUCCGUUGGGCGGCAUUUUCGACUCGUAUAAACCUCCAAGCACUUCACGUCCAAAGCUCAUCUUGCGAUUUCCUCCAAACUUAACCAUGUACUCGUCGAUCGUGCUUGCUCUGGCUCUUGUUGCGGCGCUGGCGACUGCUGAUUCUCCCCCUGCCACCCCCGAGGUGCCAACGCCGCCGAACGCGAACGAGUCGCCGGCAGUGGAUUCGAAGGACAGCAAGGAAUGGUUGGGAUGGUACCGCCCACUUUACCGCCCCGUGAUUGCCGUUCCCGUACUACCAAUCGUGCCUGUGUAUCGUCCUGUGGUGGUGGUGGGGCGCCCCCUCCUUCGUCGAUGGGAAGGAGCUGCAGUAGUCGACGCCAAGUCGAGCAAGGAAUGGGCGGCUGCCGGUGUCGGACCUCGUGGGGGUGCUGUGGUGGCGGCUGGUCGCCCUCGUCGUUACUGGGAAGCCCAACAACCCAGCACGACCCCUUGAUCCGAGUUCUUCGAGUUCGACUAGUGUUGUAUUGACCUAAGGGAACAGUUUGUUCUUUAACGUUAAGGCAUCACAGCGCGUGAGAACAGUUCACAGGGGAUAUUUGGCCUUUAAAAGUCAGUGAUUUCUUGGUAUUCAAAGGCGUCUGAUAUCAUUCGAGUAGAUCCUGCCGUCACCGCUGUAGUUAGAGCCUUGUGCGGUUCUUGGCUACUACUGCGUGUAUACUCCAGUUAUUA